UGCGCGAACGGACCACGCGCAUGGAUACAAUAAAGAUUGGUGGGCGCUUUACUUUGCACAAAAUGUGGUGAGUUCCUGUCUCAAAAAACACGUCGUGGGGCAUAUUGGAGGUGAAAAACAAGUGAGGAUGGCAAGGCAGAGAUAGCGUAUCUGAAGGAAUUGAAGGAAGGGGGAGGAAAGUGAUGGAAGUAGAUGAAAAGGAAAGCAAUCAGGACAACUGGCCACCAUCAGGCGCCUUUUUCAGCGGCUCUUUUCCUAUUGGAUUGCCACCAUCGCCACCAAAUGCGCUCGAUGGGCAGUGCUGCAGUGCUUGAAGGUGACUGUCGUACAUAAUACCAAGGAGAACGGUUCGAUUGAAGGCACUCCGAUAAGGUCAACAGAGCAAGCAUCAGUACGAAACAUGAGCCAAACAGAAUCAACUUCAACGCCAACAUCAGCGUCAAUCCAGAGAUUAGACUCAUUUCAGACCGAAGAUGAAUACGAGCAGCUUAAGCGGUUCCAGAUCGAGCUCGAGUUCGUUCAAUGUCUAGCCAACCCGUGGUAUCUCCACCACCUGGCACAACAACAAUAUUUCAAUCAGGACACGUUCGUCCGGUACCUCGACUACCUGCAAUACUUCCGGAAGCCAGAGUACGCCAAAUAUAUCAUCUAUCCGCACUGCCUACAUUUCCUAACACUUUUACAACACAAGUCGUUCAGGGACCACCUCGCCAAACAGGAUACAGCAACAUUUGUCCAUGAAAGACAAUAUUAUCAUUGGCAAUAUCUCAGGAAUCAGGAUAGGGUUGUUAGAAUCGAAAUCAUGCCCGACGGAUCGUUGGUCGAGAUUAAGAACGAAAUAGCAUCAUCUUCCCAGCCUUCUACAGCACAAGGACAGACACAUGGAGAUGUGGCGGUAGGACCGACAAAUGGAUCCGUGACAGCUCAACAAGCACAAGGCGCGGCAGUGCUAGGAACAGUAACAUCAAACACAUGAGUAGGCGCACUCAAUGGCUCCGUAGCAGCUUGACCGUAGCUGUCGAUGUCAGAUUGUGGAACUAUAAGCACACUGUCCUUUGACAUAUAAAGCCUU